GUAGAAUAAAUACCUGAACUGGACAGCAGGGGCCAAAACACGGUGUCUUACCUGCAAAUCAGUGAUAGGCACAGACAGAGAGAGUUGAGAGAGGGAGAGAGCAAGAGAGCCAGAGAGAGAGAGAAGAAGAGAGGGUCGAGAGAGGCCUUUCACUCUUUCAACAGGCCAGCUCCCAGAGCAACAAGGGUCAUCCUUAUCGCCAGAGACUCUUACAUCUGCUGUCUACAGAGAGGCGAACACACACACACACACACACACACACACACACACACACACACACUUGCUUUACAGGACCUCCAACACUCUCGGGUAAUAUCCCUCAAGUGUGAAAGGAAGGAAAUGAGGGAAAACAGGCCAGGCAAGGAAAGGGAAAGAACGUCUUAUUAAAGUCAAAUAAAAGGAAAGCCAAGGAGCAAAGGGAGGACCGACGAGUGUACAGGAGGAGCGAGGAGGUGAGGAGGCGAGGAGGUGAGGAGGUGAGGGUGCACAGCGGACAGCAUGGCCUGUCAGGCGUUCACCAGCGACUCCUUCACCACGCUGGCCACCGGAGACUCUUCCCUGCCUCUCCUCAUGCACCACGCCUCGGCUGGUGACUGCCUACCGCCCCCCUCGCACGGACACAACAUGAUGUCCACAGUACCCUCUGGCCUGUCCCUGGUGCAGUCCUCCAAGCACUCCCACAUGCACCUCGCCACCUCCGCCCUCGGCAACGCUCUUAGCAACGGACCCCCUGCCCUGCACUACCCCUUAACCCCGUGUCACUAUGGCAACCAGCAGGCCACCUACGGCAUGAUGGCAGCACAGGAGAUGCUCUCAGCCAGUAUUUCCCAGACCCGAAUACUACAGACCUGCAGUGUCCCUCACCCUAACAUGGUUAGCGGAGCAAAUACACUACAAGGCUCCCUAGCUCCUUGCUUGUAUAAGUUCCCAGAACAUGGAGGUCUGAGCAGCGGCUCUUGCACCUUGAACCACGGUUUCCCCUCCCUGCCGCCAGCCUUGCUCUCAGACGAGCUUCACAUCCUGGGGGACGUGAAGGCCUGUGCAGACCUCCAAAGAAGAACCGGUUCCAGACCCCCUGAAGAACACCCCACUGUGGACUCGCCCCAGAUCAGAGAGCUGGAGAGGUUUGCCAAUGACUUCAAGCUGCGCAGGAUCAAACUGGGAUACACCCAGACCAACGUGGGUGAGGCUCUGGCAGCUGUGCACGGCUCCGAGUUCAGUCAGACCACCAUCUGUCGCUUCGAGAACCUCCAGCUCAGCUUCAAGAACGCCUGCAAGCUGAAGGCCAUUCUGGCUAAAUGGCUGGUGGAGGCCGAACAGGCUGGUGCCCUAUAUAAUGAGAAGAUGGGCAUGAAUGAACGCAAGAGGAAGCGCAGAACCACUAUCAGUAUGGGAGCGAAGGAGGCCUUGGAGCGCAGCUUCAUGGAGAAGAGCAAGCCCUCGUCACAGGAGAUCCUGCGCAUGGCUGAGGGACUGCACCUGGAGAAGGAGGUCGUCCGCGUGUGGUUCUGUAACCGCCGGCAACGGGAGAAGCGAGUGAAGACGAGCCUCCACCUUAGCUGCUACCUGUCUAAAGAGAGCCAAGGCUGUAGGUAGCAACACGUCAGGCAUAGAAAAGGGAAGUAUAAAACAUAUGGCGCCUAGUGGCAGGGUUUCAAUGCUCACUGGGUAAUGCAUUGUAUGUCCCAUUUCACUUUUUUGGGGAAAGAUACCCUAACCCUAACCCUAGCCCUAACCCUAGCCCUACGAAUUCAUUUGGCGACCAAUUUCACGUAGAUAAUAGCCUAUCAAGCUAGGAUCUACCAUCAAAAUCAUGUGAUAAUAAGUGGUUUUGGUAAAGGAAUGUGCUCAGGAACGUCAUCAAAUCAGCACUCGAUUUUUAUCCUAAAUACAAAUGCUAAAUUGGUUUUCCAAUCCAGCCAAGUGUGGGGAAAAUCAAAGAAAUUCACCCGAGAAUUGCAACGUAAUCCGAAGGGGCCGCCCCUUCACUCUCCGUCCCUAUUGUUUUUAAACAGCAGCUAAUAACCUCAUCUGAGGCCACCUUGUUUGCGGCCGUCAUGUUUAAAAUACUCUCUAUAUGUUUGGUAGGCCUAUUUUAAGAUGUAAUUAUGUAUAGAAAGUCUCCUUCAAUGCUUUUAGUUUUCUGAAUGUGUAUGCAAAAUAUACAUUUAAUCUGAAAUGUUAGCAGGAAACCAGGUGGUGGCAGCAAACACCCACAUAUGGCAAUGCUGUAUGUUGUGCCUUUAUCAAAUUCUACAAAUACUAUGUCAAACCUGUGUUUCAACUAACAUUUGAGAAGCUAGGAUACUACUUUUUAGAGAGAAGUGAAAGAUAUACAACACUCUACGCCUUUAUGACUUUGAUGUGACUUUGACAUAAUAUAUUUUACUAUUUAAUCUUGUACUUUAUAUUUUUAUCCCAACAGAUUUACACUCCUGUUUGACUUUGUGAUUCAGAAGUUCCAAGGCUACCUCUUUACGAAUAAUUGAAAAAGAAAAUACAAGUGUAGUGUCUUUUAUAUCAAGUGCCUAUGAUGCUCUGUUGAAGAAACUUGGAAUUGUUUUAAGAAAAAAAAUCUGAUGUACGCUAUGACAAUCUAUUUAUUUGAUAUAUAAUAUAUUACAUUGAACCAUUCCUAUUGCGUGCUUUCUUGUAUUUAUUGACUGAUUGAUUGUAGUGGAAUGGUGAUCUGAGGGAAUGUUCUGCCACGCUUGACAGGAGAGAUCUAAAUACAUGAUUUGUUGCCACGACGACAAGACAGAGAUUACAGCAGGCAGGCAGGCAGGCAGGCAGGCAGGUAUGUCUGACCUGGAUUUUGAUUUGAUUGAUACAAACCACAUGUCACAAGUUCAACACUCCAAUAUACAAUACAAUACAACUGGAGACCAGUGAUGUCUUUCUUGGCAGAACUAGUUUUCUCGUUCUUCUGUGAACACCAACAAUGUUUUUUUGUAUGUGUUGCAUUUUUUUUCUUUAUCCCUCUCUAGAUUUCCCUCAUAAAGCAAGUGCGUUGAUGUAU